UGGAAAUUGAUGGCUAUAAUGUUAAUGCAAAAUAUAUUGGGGCAGGUGAACAAGAUCUUCCUGAUUUUCCAGACACUAAAUGGUAUUCAAAACAUGUGCGUGAGAGCCAAUACUUGCUUCAAAUUGUAAAAUGUAGAAAUACAGAAUGCUGUCGUCCAAGAAAUUACUAGACUAAGGUUUCUUCCACCACCUGUAAAAGUAAAACAAACAG